AUGCUUUGCUCCAGCCAAUCCAUCACCAAACACACCAAACUGUAUCGCUCUUUCACCACUUCAUUAACGAGCCACACACCACGAGAUCAGCGGCGCGUCUAUCGUGCGCGUUUCACCAUGCCUUCCGCCACCGGACAAAAUUGGGAGAAGUACCAGAAGACCUUCGCCGACGAGGAAGUAGAAGAGAAGAAGAUCACACCUCUCAGCGAUGAGGACAUCCAAGUCCUAAAGACCUAUGGCGCCGCGCCGUACGGAGCCGCCCUCAAGAAGCUCGAGAAACAGAUCAAGGAGAAGCAACAAAGCGUCAACGAGAAGAUUGGCGUCAAGGAAUCCGACACUGGUCUUGCACCACCACAUCUCUGGGACACGGCGGCUGACCGCCAACGAAUGCAAGAAGAACAGCCUUUCCAGGUCGCUCGAUGCACCAAAAUCAUCUCGGACGAAAAAGGAGAUGAAUCCAAGAGCAAAUAUGUGAUUAAUGUCAAGCAGAUCGCUAAAUUUGUCGUCCAGCUUGGCGACAGAGUCAGCCCUACCGACAUUGAGGAGGGUAUGCGGGUUGGCGUUGAUAGAACCAAGUACCAGAUCAUGCUUCCCUUGCCUCCAAAAAUCGAUGCCAGCGUCACCAUGAUGACCGUCGAGGAGAAGCCCGACGUCACCUACGGAGAUGUCGGUGGAUGCAAGGAACAGGUCGAGAAGCUCAGAGAAGUCGUCGAGAUGCCACUGCUAUCACCGGAGCGCUUCGUCAACCUUGGUAUCGACCCUCCCAAGGGCGCUCUGCUCUACGGCCCCCCCGGUACCGGAAAGACUCUUUGCGCCAGAGCCGUCGCCAACAGAACAGACGCUACCUUUAUCCGUGUCAUUGGAAGUGAACUGGUGCAAAAGUACGUUGGCGAAGGUGCCCGAAUGGUCCGAGAGCUCUUUGAGAUGGCUCGCACGAAGAAGGCCUGCAUCAUCUUCUUCGAUGAAAUUGAUGCUGUUGGUGGUGCGCGUUUUGACGACGGUGCUGGCGGCGACAACGAAGUCCAAAGAACUAUGCUGGAAUUGAUUACACAACUCGACGGUUUCGAUUCGCGUGGCAACAUCAAGGUGAUGUUUGCCACCAACAGACCCUCGACUCUUGACCCUGCGCUCAUGCGUCCCGGCCGUAUCGACCGCAAGAUUGAGUUCUCGCUACCUGACCUCGAGGGUCGCGCCAACAUUCUGCGAAUCCACGCCAAGAGCAUGUCCGUCGAAAGAGAUAUCCGAUGGGAACUCAUUUCGCGCCUGUGCCCCAAUGCUACCGGUGCCGAACUUCGCAGCGUGUGCACGGAAGCUGGCAUGUUUGCCAUUCGAGCCCGGAGAAAGGUUGCUACGGAGAAGGACUUUUUGAGCGCUGUCGACAAAGUCAUCAAAGGCAACCUCAAGUUUAACUCGACUGCUACAUACAUGCAGUACAACUAA